AUAAAUAAAAAAUGUCUAGUGGAGCAUUAUUUGGAAAUAAUACUGCUCGAGGUGCAAAUAAAAAUCUCGUAGAGUUUAAAGCAGGAAAAAUGACAAUGAAAGGCAAAACGGUUUAUCCAGAUAGUAGAAAGGGUCAACUAUACGUUUAUCAGGCAGAUGAUUCUUUGAUGCAUCUUUGUUGGAAAGAUCGCACUACUGGUGUUGUAGAAGAUGAUUUAAUUAUAUUUCCGGAUGAUUGCGAAUUUAAAUAUGUGUCAUAUUGUAAAACUGGAAGAGUUUACCUUCUAAAAUUUAAGUCAUCCAAUCGAAAAUUUUUCUUUUGGUUACAGGAUCUCAAAACAGACAAGGAUGAUGAACAUUGUAGAAAAAUUAAUGAAGUUCUCAAUAAUCCUCCUACUCUUGGCUCACAAAGAAGUAGUGGUGCUAAUCCAGAAGGGGACUUGCAAAAUUUAUUAAAUAAUAUGUCCCAGCAACAAUUAAUGCAACUAUUUGGAGGUGUAGGACAAAUUGGAGGGCUUGGUAGUUUGUUAGGAACUAUGAAUCGACCUUUUAGCGGAAGUAGAAUUUCCACAACAUCUUCAUUAACUCCAGUUACAACUACAGCUUCUAGACCACCUGCAUCCCUUACUCCUGGUCCUACUACAACAGUUUCAGAAUCAUCCACUAAACCAGUUGAUUCUAAAGGCACUAAAUCUUCUCAACUUGGAAAAACAACAGAGCCAUCAGCACCUUCAGUAGCUGAAAAUAAUCGAAUACGCCUCAGUGAUUUGCAAAAUUUUUUGUCUGGAAUUCCAACACCACCUGGAACGGAACCGGCAGUUCAGAGGGGCGUAGCGAGUGAACUGAGCGCAGCCAUCCCAGCAGCGAUCUCCGCAAUCGAGAGUCUAAAAGAUGCGGUAGGCAUUCAUUUGCCACCUGGGGACAGCCUCUCUACUACGCUCUCGUCCCCCCAGUUCUCGCAGGCGCUAUCAAUGUUCUGGUCUGCUUUGCAGUCGGGCCAGGCGGCCCCGGUUGUCCAACAAUUCGGUUUGGGGGCUGAUGCAGUUAACGCCGCUUCCAGCGGUAACAUCCAGGACUUUGUCAGUGCUCUCGAAACAGAGGCUAAUAAUCAUCCAGCUGCAAAUACGAGCGAGGUUAGUAACGACACAUCUGCGACUACACCCAAUGAAGCGAAGAACGCCGAACAAACCAAAACACAGCAACAACCUAAUAAGAAGGACGACGACGACGAGGGUAUGGCACUUGAUUGAGACUCGCGCCUUUGAACAUCCACUUAUAUAUAAAAAUGAAAUUUAUCUC